AUGCAGGGAGAAUUGAAGGCGACAGAAUCCCCAGCUUUAUGCUCAGGGUUUCGGAGGAAUGAUCUACCCCUGGUACAUCACAUGGAGGAUCAUGAGGGAUUCUUCAAGAUUCCCCUUACCCGCAGCGAGAGUCUAUGCUACCGAACGUAUCUCCCUUCCGAGGCCCCGCUUCGCCAAUCAAAUUACCAGAGUCGCAUGGGCGCGAGCGCCCCCGUAAUCAAACUUCACGAGUGGACUUCUCGGGCGCCACAAUCCUACACUGGCUAG